ACUUCAUUUUUCUGUAAAGAGUGUCAUUUUUUAGCUGAACGCGUACUCGUGUGUUUAUCAGGAAUAUACCUCCAUGAUAAAGUGUUGAUAGCAAAGUGUUAUUUAUCACUGCUUAAAAUAAGUUUUAGUUUUUUCGCGCAGCGUUUUGUAGAACAAGAUAGGGUGGUUUUAUACUCUAUAUGGCUUGUUACUAUCUCUUGUCUUUUCAAAGUCAAGUUCUCGAGGCGACCUGGUAUUUGAAAACCUGGAUAAAUUGACAUAACAGGAACAUUUUUCCGCUCCCAUUCCUUUCGUGACUUGGCGUGACGUGACUGCCAGAAUGCCUGGUGAAAGGUUCCUUGUUGCCACCCCUGAUAGUUCCCAAGAAGAUGAAAUCGGUGUUUUUGGAGAGAGCUGCCAAGAUAUUAAUGGAAGGACCAUCACUGGUGGGAAUCACUAUGUUCCAGGCCCAGAUUCCUGUACAGUCUGUCUUUGUGAUGGAGGAAAGCCAAAAUGGUGCCAAGCGGUCUUGUGUGCUGCUCCCAAGGAUUGCAAAUCUUUCAGAAUUGGAAGUUCUUGCUGUGAAUUCAUUUGCUUGGACAACACUGAAGGAGGGAAUGAUGAAGGUUCCAUUGAUGUUACGUGGGGUGAUGAGAACUGGGUUGGGGGGGAUUUGGGUUUACGUUUAAUAGCAACAGCAGUCACUGCUGUACUCUCACUGGCUCUAUUAGCAUUCCUCUUUUAUCGGUUAAAGAGACGCCGUGUGCGGAAUCAUUCAGCUUGUCAUGAAUUGGAAGGAGAUACAAUUCCCUCGAGUAGUAUAGCGAGUUUUGAUCAUGGAGAUCUGACUAGUAGUACUGGACAUCUCAGCAGACAACCUCAACCCUUAAUGAAUCUUGGAGAAAAUCAAUCUUCAAUUUACAUGAUGUGGAAGCUACCUAAUUCUUCCGUCACAGAUAACCCACCGCCCUAUUCUGAAAAUCCAUCCAAUCGUCUAGUUAUCGAAGAAAGUGAAAACAGCCGCGAAACCACAAGUCUUUUAGUUGUUCCAUCCGCUCCGUCAAAUGAUUUAGUCGAAACACCUAUGAGUCACACGUUGAUGUUACGACGGAGCAACGAUACUUUGGAUUCUAGCGAUUUUUUGGACGCGGGAACACCUCCUCCUAGUUACGCAGAAGUUCUUGCUUGUAUUUCAACUCCAGCUAUGAAUGAGAUAGAAGGGGGGGCCUCCUCAGUCAGGGAAGACGACGACGAACUUCCUUCUGCUCAAUGGAGGAAUAGUUUGAACUUGCCGAGAGAACGUUCUCCAGCCGAAGUUGCCAUUCAACGUUUCAGCCUACAACUUGCCCUCGAUUGCUCAGACACAAGCAGCUGCACGAGCAGUUCAAGUCACGCCCAACCUGGGACUUUGAGCACUUCCUCCUCUUCUUCUGCCGCGUCGAUUGCCCAUCUGGGCUCCAAUUGAUUAUGUGUACUUAUUCUUAAGCAGAAUCAAGUAUCUACCUAAAGCAGAAUCUAGUAAAAGAAAUCAGCUACUUCAGUCUAGAAGAUCUCGUUUGACUGUUCGAUGUAUUGAUUCUGCUCUCGUUGUGUUGUCACCUUUUACUCGCUUUUCUCUUUUUCACGCGACUAUGUGGGGCUUCUCCAUGUAUUUUCAUUUCAAAAAGCCUUCACAUAGUUAAUUCGUUGUCAUCUAGGUUAUUUUUGAAAACCUUUGACAAAUUUCCUCCAUGAUGUGUUUUUCGACGGUAUUUCCCCCCCAAUCAUUUUGAAUUGUAUUCAUUACAACGUUUCUAUUAUGUAAAACUAUGUGCUUAGACAAAAGGCUUCGAAAAUCACGAGUCAUCUAUUGAUGGGCACAUACGUCAUUAAUAUUAUAAUCCACAUAUAGGCAGUCCUGUCGCGGUGACGGUAGGUUGCUUUGAAUGUGUUUAUUGUAGGGCAAAUUUCUCUAUAUAAUUACGCCCCUCAUUUCAAUUUUUUGUAAACGGUAGCGUAUUAUCUACAGCCGACCACUUUCGAACAAAGAAAUAAAUUGAGUUCAAGCAUG